AUGUCUACCACUAUGGAAGGCACGCCGCAGACUCCGGCCGUAAAAGUCAUUCAAUCUUUACCAGCUCCACCCGCCUACCGAAUUGAGACCUUCACACAAAGCGAACUUCUCAAACAGCCAUUCCUUCCCGAACUCUGGGAAGUCAUCAACACCAGUUACUAUGAUACCGGUGACAGUCCUUUUGAAAAGACGAAACCCCGGAUCAGAAGUGACACACAACUUGCCGACGAACUCCAGGAAACCGGUCUUACGGCGAUUGCGUUCGCUGAAAAUGCGAUCAUCGGCACAGCAAGCUUAAAAAUUUGGACGCCAGAUUCCGAAGGCGCCGUGUGGAAAGCACCAGGCCAUUUUGAACAAUUCAGUGCAGAUGAGAUCUUCUCCGCGAGCUCAACGGUGCUGGAUAGCCUUCAUGAUGAAUCUCAAAAUGUGCCCUGUGAGGGAGAUUUCGAACUUGUAGCUAUCGCGAUCACGCCGGAUCCUCGAUACAGAAGGAAAGGCAUUUCACAAAGCUUGGUCAAGGCGUGCGAAAAGGAACUGAGAGGAAAGAUGUCUGCUGUGGGCUCUGCUAAAUCGGCUCAGUCGUGCAUUAUGGUCAAGUCCAUUCGCGAGGUCCAAGGUUCUUAUUGGCUGAAACGGGGGUUCCGCGUCGUGGGGGAAAGCUAUUGUCCUCCUUUUACUUGGUCAUACAACAAAGGGUUUGUUCUUUGGGCCAUGGAGAGAGAACUAUCUGUUUAA